GCUGGUUCUGACCUAUAAAGCCCUACACGGCAUGGGACCGCAAUACCUGGUGGAACGCCUCUCCCAAUAUGAACCUACCCGUACACUGCGCUCAACAUCUAAGGCCCUCCUCCGAGUACCAUCCCAUCGAGACACUCGGAGGGCAGUGACCAGAACUAGGGCCUUUUCCGUGGUGGCCCCCGAACUGUGGAACAGCCUUCCCGAUGAGGUGCGCCUGGCGCCGACACUACUAUCUUUUCGGCGUCAGGUGAAAACCUUUUUAUACUCCCAGGCAUUUUAAAGUGUGUUUUAAUAGCAUUUUCAUCAUUAUUUUGUAUUCUGGAUGUUGUUUCGUUCUUUUAUUGUUUGUUGUUUUGUUUCUUGAUUCAUUGUAUUUAUUGUAUUCAUAUAUUGUGCUUGUUUUUUAUCUUUCUGUACACCGCCCAGAGAGCCUUCGGGCUUAGGGCGGUAUAUAAAUUAAAUAAAUAAAUAAAUAAAUAAAUUUCCUGGAGUUGAUGUCAACAGACUCCUGACAAUAUGGAAAAGCUCCACCGGAUGGCUACUUGAGGAUGCGAUGGAGGCAGAGAAAUGGGCCUUCUUCGCCGCCCUCACCGCCACACAGUAGGCAUGGUUAUGAUGUUUUACUCAUGCCCGAUCAGCCUCAAAGCAUGUCUUACUUGAGCUUUAGCCGUCGUCCAGCCUGUUUCAUUGCCCUUAUCUCACUAGUGUACCAAGGUGCAGACCAGGCUCCACAAUGCCAGAGAGGGCGCUCGGGGGCAACUGUGUCAAGAGUCCGACUGCCUCACUGUUCCACAGUGUGACAAGGGCUUCAAUAGGAUCACCUGCUCUAUAAUAAAACCAACAAUGAGUUAAAAACAGAUUUAAAAACACAAUAGCUUCUACAUGCCUGGAGAGCUUGCCUAAACAAAAAUGAUUUUAGUAGGAGCUGAAAAGAGGCCUAAUGUCAAUAGGCAAGGAGUUCCGAAGCAUAGGUGCUGCCACAUUACAGGACUGAUUUCUUACAAGAGCAGAACAAGUACUAUGUGGCACCCGUAAUAUGGAAGGCACAGCUUGAACUUGGCCUGGUAGCAAAUCAGCAACCAAUACAGAUUUCAGAGCAGAGGUAUUAUGAUAGGAUCUCAUUCAUGUCAGCAAUUGUGCUGCAGCAUUCUGCAUUAACUGCAGUCCCCAGGUCAGGUUGUGCUGCAUGGGGAUUUUUGUGACCUUGGCUAAGUGGCUGCCAGGAUUUUUUCAGUUUUCUUUUUUGGUCAUGAAUCCUGACUGGUUGUGGGAUGCUGAGUUUUCUGCCUUACUCAUAGGAAUCUUGUUGUGGUUGGUAUGGUAUUGCAUUUAGGAAAGUGUUACUGCCUUUUGUGUUGUUUUUUCUAUUUGCAUUUCACUUACCUUUAACCUCACUCCGUUACAGCAAUAGAAGCAACAGCAGUGGUUCCAUGUGCUCAGGUCAACCCCCUUAAACCCAUUGAUGAUGCACCUUGUUGGUUGAAUGACAGUUUGUUUUUUGCCCAAUAGUGGUAAAAGAGAAUUCACAUAUUUGGAAGUGUGGCUGCAAUUGUUGUUCCCAAGCUGCUGCCUAUGAAAGUAGGCCAAACCAUGCGUGUUUUCUCUCUGUCCAUUAUUGCUCACUGGAAUUGAGUUGGCUGUCAAGCUGCCGGGAAGGGUGUUGCAAACUGUUGCAGUAAAAGGAGAUUUGCCAGAUGGAUCGGCUUUGGACAUCUUUUCGGCUUCACCAAGUUGGCCCCUCAGUCCCUCUCUUCUGAAUGAACCUGUUUCUGCUGUGGUCUUGUCUCAAUGUCCUCUAAUACAGACGUCCCUGGGUGGGCACCAGUAUAACCUGUCCUGGGAAAGCCAUGGGGAACAUCUAUGAAUUCUACUUCAACAAGAGCAAGAUUGUGGAGCAUUACAACUACACCAAGGAUAAGCUGGAGAUCGACGAGAACCCUUCGCUGCCAUUCGUCACCAUUGCCAUUAUUGUGCUUUGCUGCUUUAUUAUCCUGGAGAAUCUGCUGGUGCUUCUGUCUGUCUGGAGGAACAAGAAGUUCCACUCGGCCAUGUUCAUCUUCAUUGGCAACCUGGCCUUUUCAGACUUGCUGGCCGGCUCAGCCUUCAUUGCCAAUGUUGUGCUCUCAGGGCCAGCCACAUUCUGCCUCACCCCAGUGCAGUGGUUUGUGCGAGAGGGCACAGCCUUUGCCACAUUGGCAGCCUCAGUCUUCAGUCUGUUGGCCAUUGCUAUAGAGCGGCAUGUGGCCAUCACAAAGGUGAAGGUCUACAGCAGCGACAAGAACUGCCGGAUGGUGCUUCUGAUUGGGGCCUGCUGGGUCAUCUCGGCAGCCAUCGGGGGGUUGCCCAUCCUUGGCUGGAACUGCAUGGCUGACCUUAACCAGUGCUCCACUGUCUUACCACUUUACUCCAAACACUACAUCGUCUUUGUGGUCACCAUCUUCACUGCCAUCCUCUUCUCUAUCGUGGUCCUCUACGUCCGGAUCUAUCGCAUUGUCCGUUCCAGCCAUGCUGAGAUGGCUGGCUCCCAGACUAUAGCCUUGCUUAGGACGGUCACCUUUGUCCUGGGGGCCUUCAUCAUCUGCUGGCUGCCUGCCUUCAUCAUCCUCUUGAUAGACGCUUCGUGCGGAAGGAAGUCUUGCACCAUCCUUUACAAGUCAAAAUAUUUCUUUGCCUUUGCUACCCUCAAUUCAGCCAUCAACCCUCUCAUCUACACCCUCCGCAGCAAGGACAUGAGGAAGGAAUUCCUCCGAGUGCUCUGCUGCUGGGGGAUGAUGGGGCAGGGGAAGCCUUCGGAGCGUUGCAUGAUUCCCCUCCGCAGUUCCAGUUCCUUGGACAGAUGCACCCAAAAACAGGACCUUCCCACUUCACCUUUCAUGAAGGAGCAUUCCACAUUUGUGUGAAAAGACAUGAGGAAGGGGAGUGUGGGGUGAACAAUGGACCUGAAAGAGUGGUACAAAGAGGCGAUGUGGUACAUGGGGUGCAAACAUUGUCCUGGGGGCCAAAUCAACCUGCCUCAGACAUAUGUGGAGAUGUCCCUUUGUUCACCAGACCUGCUCAGUAUUAGAACUUUCUGUUAGAAGGUGUGUGUGUAUGUAUGUGAGAGAAAGAGGAAGGCUGGCUGAAUAAUCUGAAGUGUGAUGGAGAGAGUAGCUGUUAAGCUACUGGCAGCCUGCUUUGGUACAAUUCUUCUCCUGUGCCCUGGCUGGUUUGUACACCCACCUUUCCUUUUGUCCUGCAUCUCAAAGAAUGCUUUCAUGUGCUUUGUUCCCCAUCUUCCCAAAGCCUUCACUCCCUCUGUCCAUGGAAAUGUCAAUCAGUCACUCUGAUCUGUUUGCCUCUUUCUCUGCCUGUGAGGCGUCUGCACUCUGGCCUUGGUUUUAAUUUGGCCAUAGAGGGUGCCUGAGAGGAGUCAAGGGGGCUUCCUUGAGCUACUGAAGCUGAAAACAGAUGCAAAACAUUUCAGGGGCACUUUAAUAGCUCCAUUGCUGCCUGCGGUGUGUGUGUGCACGCUGGUAUGUAUGUAUGUAAGCUGCUGCUCUGGGCACUGCUCAGACUAGUUUUGCAGGGUUUUUGUGCACUUCAGGUUGAGCCAGGAAAAGGCCAGUUCCUCCCUUCAGAACGGGAAGGCAAGGCUGAUUCCAAAAAUACAUGUAUGGCUGGCAUGGAUACAUAUUGGCUAGAGUUGUCACAUCAGUUAAGCCAAGUUAUAUGCGCUCCCCAUCUCCGCCAGAUCACUAUUGCAGCUGUUUUAAAAGUGUCCUGAUUCACCAUCAUUUAGUAAGAUGAAGGAUGAAUACCAGUCCCCCACUUAAAAGUUAUUUUUAUUUUUUAACAUACCUCACUGAACAGAGGACAUUCAGCUUCUCCAGCAUUAGGUUAACAUCUCCUGGUUUUAAAAGUGUCUUGGGGUUUUUUGUUUUUGUGUUUUUGCAAAACAGCAAUCAAGCUUUUUUUUAUUUUAAACUCUCUCCUGCCUUGCCUGGCUGAGUGGGGAAGGGGACAGAGCCACGCGUAAGGGGAAAAUCCUGCUGGAACUGUUAGCCUCUGUGCACAGCCUUAGUCUGUAAAGUUGCAGCCUUGCCUCAAGGUGUUGCCCAUGGAAUAGCAGAGCAGGAGUCACACACAACCUGUAGGUAAGUGCAGACAGAGGUAUAAAGAAAGGGUGGACUAAAACGAAGAAUCUUUGAAGUGAGACAGAUAAAUUCUCAUUUUGCUUCUUCUAGGCUUCCAUAAGGAAGGGGGGAGCUGAAAAGAGGCUGAACAUUCCAAAAAUUGUCACAGACACCCAGGGUUAGCAUUUGGGUGUUUUGGCCUUGUGUAAUCUAAUGUGUCCCUGUGCAGGGCUGUAGUUCAGUGGUAGAGCAUCUGCUUUGCAUGCUGAAGGUCACAAGUUCAAUCCUCGGCAUCUCCAGGUAGGGCUGGAAGAGAACCCUUGCCUGAAACUCUGAAGAGCUGCUGCCAGACAGUGUGGACAACACUGAGCUAGAUGGACUAGUGGUCUGACUUGGUAUGGCAGUUUCCUGUGUUCCAUUUUAAUGGGGGUACAUCUACAUAGAUUCUGUUGCUUUGUCAACUGUCAGCAGCAGGCCUCUUGGUUGUUGCCAGGGGACUAAGCAAAAGCCAGAAAACACCGUGUCUCAAAUGUCUUCGUCUGCGUCCCUAGCAUAGGCUGCAGUUUUGUUUUUUAUUUCUCUGAGGCUUCCUCAAGUUUACUUAAGUUUGUUAAGGAGGAAAGCUUAGCUGAUAGUGGGCUCAUUGGUUUAGGUGCCUGAAGUGGAAAAGCCAAGUGUUAAUCUCUCCUACAAAUUUUCAUGAGAUACAUUCCUGGGAGCUGCAACAUCAAAAGAUGAGCACUUAUCCACAUAUUAGCAAAUGUAGCCUUUUAAAAGGGGUGCAAAGGCUACCCUCCCCUCUGUCUCAGCAAUGCACUAUAAUUCAGGAAUAUAUUUUUUUUUUAAUCCUAAGGGCAAUAAAAUUGACUAAACCAGCAGCCACUUGCUUGCUAGCUGCUCUUUCCCCCCACUCUGUGGGAUUGUAUGGGAUUUGGGGGAACGCUCCCUUAUUGCAAGGCUUCCCCCUUACAACACUGCCAUCAUGAUUCAAUUAAAUUGUUGCCCUUACCAAAUCAGGGCUGAUGCCAAGGUAGCAGUGAGGUAGCAUGGUUAAAAAGGUUACAGAUGAUGGCAGAAGCAACCAUCAUCUGUAACCUCCUUAACAGUGCAAUCCUAUGCAUGUCUACUCAGAGCCAAGUCCUGUUGAGUUCAAUUUAACUUUCUCCCAGGUAAGUGUGUGUAGGAUUGAUGCCUCAUUGAACAGACUUGACUAAUUCAGUUGAGUCAUCAGAAUCAAUAACCCUCUUUCUUUCAUUGCUCUCUGUGUAUGUGUGUGUGGGGGGGAAGGUUGGAUUUGUGUACACAUGCAACCUCCCUUAGGAUGCAUCCCUUGUUCUAACCUGUAAUACCAGCCCUCAGAAAGAGGCCUUUGACUUCCAGCCCAUCUGUAACAAUUUUUCUAUAGUGUGAGAAACAAAGGUCUGUUGUGGGCUUGGAGGUGGUGGGUUUGUGAGGCUGGGGGUAUUGCUAAGGAAGAGGUGAGAAGAAGUGUGUAUGUGGGCAUUUCCUUCAAGGAAAGAGCCAGAAGUGGGUAGUUGUCCUGAUGGCAGAGCUGCUGCAGCUGGAAGCAUGAUUCAGCUAGCAUGAUGUGCAGGGACAUGCCAUUGAGAGUGAGAGGAGGAUGUUUUUAUGAAUGGGAAUGAGAUGCAGGCGUGGGAAUCACAUCCCUUCUCAAGCAGGGGUAAUGCAGCCCAGGGGCUAGCAGAGGCGGGUGAUUGCUUUAUAUAACCCUUCCUCCUCUGUGCUGCCUUCACUCCAGAACAACAUUUUGUAGAAUUAAGCCCUUGCAUUAUUAUUAUUUUUAAAUCCUUUCCCUAGCUAAAAACUAUAAAAAUGUUGCUUCUCAGUUUAACAUGGCUGGUGGUUCUAAACAAUAUAGAAAUGUAAUAGUUGCAUAUGGAAUAAAAUCUGGAGGAAAUCUGUUGUCUGUUAAUAGAAAAGUAUGCUCCCUGUGAAACGCCAUAAAGAGUACACAACAAAUCACCCAGGAUAUAUCUGAACUAGAGCUGUAUCAGCUCCAGAAUAUGUGAAUUGAGAUCACUUUACUUGGUUGAUCUGCCGAUCAGUUGCAAUAUCUCUUUGAAGCGGAUUUUUAAAAAAACGCACCCAAGCUGAUCCCACCAGGUUUUGUAGUAAAAAGGGGGUGGGGUUUGACUAGCGUCAUAUGCCCCCGGUUUCAGAAAAGAGAGGUGAAGACACACUGGAACCGAUAGAACAGUGAGUGUCUCUACCUCCAGUUUCCACAGGAGGCUGUCACUUCUCUAGUUAUACACUUAAGUACUGAAGGGUACAGACUCUGGGUACAUAGUAAAGCAUAUGUCACAAAGAGCAAGGUGCAUAGGAUGGGUGAAAUUGCAAAGUAUUUCACCCAGGUGCAAGCAUGUAGCAAGCCACUGUGGCUUACCCUCCUGUGGAUAAGCAUAAGCAGCUAAACAGACUAUGAAGGGAAGAUUUCUGCUUGCAAGCGUUCUUUGAGUCAAAUUACAGUGCAAUCCUAUGCAUAUGUACUUAGAAGAAAGAGUUGGAUAGGACUUACUCCCAGAUUAGUCUAUGUAGGAUUGCCACAUAAAACUGUAGACCCUGUGAAGCAUAUGUGUGCUUGGGCUGUUUGUCGUGGCAAUGAAGUAUCUCUCUCUGUGUGUGUGCUUGUGUGUACACAAACUCUUUGUGAAAGUGCCAGUAGGUAUGGAUGUGUGACGUUGCCUAUUUCCAUGUAUUUCUGAGUUGCCGUUUUGUACAUCUGCCUUGACGUAGGUGUACUGCCUGUAUCCACACAAUCAGAGCCAGUGACAUGUGCGUUUAGGCUGGUGCCUGUGCUUGUUCAUACGUGUGAGUGUAUGCAUUUUGUGUGACUGGGCAUGGAGUAUUGUUGUGCUCCAGCAAUAACAUGGCACUGCAGGGACAUUUGUGUAGAUGUGGUGUGUUGCCCUGCAUGACCUCUGGCUCUGUAUUCCCGUGUCUGGUUUUUGUGCUUGCUUAUUCCUCUCUUCUCUUCAGUCAGGGACAGAGCCCUUGGCUGCUUUCAACAGGGAUAGCUAUAUGGUGCUUAAGUGCACCAUCCACACCUGGAGGCAGUGAGGGUGACCCCACCUCUGCUUCAGGAGCUUGUUGCCAGCUACUGCAAGCAAAUUUCCUAUUUAUUGGCAGUGGGGUUUGAAGGGAAUGAAUGUGCACUCAGAUGGCAAUUUUUGUUUUGUUUUUCCAGAGUGUUUAGAGUGGCAGAGUAGAGAAGGAUUGUUGCCUGUGCUGUGUCCAUUUAUCCACUAUUGUCUCUGUUUGGAGGUUUUGCAGAGUUUCAUAGAACUUCAAAACCCUGUUUAAUUGGACACAGCACUGAGACAAAAGUGUGCGUGUGUGUCUAAUGGCUCUACCAAGCCUUCUUUAGUUCUCUUAAGAACUGUUGAUUGUCCCCACUUCAGCCCCCUAGGCUCUGCUGCCACAUCCAAAUUCAGCCUGUGGUACGUGGCCCCUUGUGUCUAUCGCUUCCAUCAUGAGCGUGGACUGUUUGGGGCAGGUUAUUGCAAGAAUUCUAUUCUGCGCCUGCAAAGAGCUUUAGACCUAGAAGUUAUAUCUGGGGGACACAAGCAUUUGAGAUCACAGAUAGCUGCCUUCUGGACAUGCCUUUUUACACCAUUGGUCCCCCAUCGUUCUUACUGUGUCAAGGCAGAAAUGGGUUAGAGUGCAUAUCUGUAGUGCUGACUUUCUUUCUUUCUUUCUUUCUUUCUUUCUUUCUUUCUUUCUUUCUUUCUUUCUUUCUUUCUUUCUUUCUUUCUUUCUUUCUUUCUUUCUUUGCUGCUGGAGAUAAUACUGGAUGAAAGCUUGGAGAUCUUUUAGAAUUUUCAGCAUCCUCACUAAAUUACCAUUGCCAGGAUUAUGUGGAGGAAUCCAUGACAUUUAAAAAUAUAUGAAGCUGACAAUAAGCUGGUGGGGUAUAGACAGAGCAAACCCAAUGUUGGAAAAGCACUGGGCCAGUAUUUGGAAGGAUCCUAGAAGGAGGAGUGGGAAGGAGGGCCAGUAUACUACUCUAUACCACUAUGUUGCAGAGUCUCUAUUUCUCUCUCUCCCUUUCUUGCACACACCAAAUGGUACGGUCUUUGCUGCUGCCAUCCCUUGCCCAACAGAAUAUUGCCUGUGGAAACACUAACUUUUCGAGGGUUUUUUUAUAUAUAUAUAUAAAAUUCACCCUUUUAAUGGACAUUUGUAUGUAUUAAAAUGUUACUUCUA